ACCAUGUAAACAAAAGGAUUCUAUUGUUUCAAUGACAAUAGGUUGACAAACUCUAUAUGCAGCGGCCGUAGAAACACAUUUUAACUCAUGAUAUGCACAUUAUCUUAAUUAUUAACACACUAAUUCACUCUCAAUUAAUAAAAAAUCAAGAACACCAUAUCAAAAUAAAACCUAGGAGUGGUACGACGUUCUAAAACUAUUGUUUGAGCAAGAACAUUUCAAACGUCACUAAGAUGAAAUAAAAAAUGAAUGGUAUUAAACUUCGAUCAAUAAAAGUAUUUAAUAAAUAUUUUUAAAAUUAAUUAAAUUGCUUUAUUACUGAUGGAUAAACUUACCGUAUUUUCAAAGAUUUUUUAGUUGUUGCAAGUUCUAAAUUCCAUAAUAUAUAACAGUUUACAAAUACACAAACUCAUCACAUAUUAGUUUCGGAACGUAUGUUCUCAAUUACGAUAACGAUAUGAGAAGUGUCAUUCUCGAUUUGGAUUCAUUGUUCAAAAUUUAUUCCACAAUAGCAUUAAUUUAUGUAUUGUUCAUUAUUUUAUCGUAGUUAGAGAAAUUGUUUAUUACGUAUAGUUAAAUCAGCACACAGACUUCAAUUCAUAUUUGUAUGUCUAAUAUUAUUGAUCACUAACAUAGUCGUAAAUCUAAAAUCCGAUAGAAUAAUGUAAAAACGAAUUCCUAUUUCCCCCUAGUACCAAUAACAUUAUUACGCGAUGGAAAUGGAAAGUCAUGGAGCCGACAAAAACACCUUCAAUUCAAUAUCCGCCAACAGCAGGCAGAAUUGUCGGCAAAAAAACGACCACCCGCCAUUCGCGAAAACAAUUUUCUGAGGAAAUUUUCUCAUGCAAUGUCCGGUUCAGUGCACUAUUGGCUCAGUUUCGCGGCAAUUUCAUGCUGACCAAUCAGCAGCGCACCCCACCGUUCUCACCCAAUAGCGAGCGGUUUACGUGAACAAUGAUCCUUAUUGGGCCAAUAUAAUAUCCGGUGUUUGAUGCAGCUACAUCCUGCGCGAAAAGCCCGGGAACGUGCCGGAGUGUCUCUGGCACUUGCGCAGCAUCCCUCCGUACGCCUCUCCAAGAUCACAUCUCGCGAAAAGUAAUGAUUAUUUCGGUCCAUGGGCGCCUAGUUCCACAUACUCCCGCUGUGGCGCUGCGCACGGGAGUAGGAUGGCGAUGUAUGUACCUCGUUAUAGACUGUUAAAACGUAUUAUCAGUGCUGUAAAUUGAAAAAUUGCGGAUGCGUUUACAAAAGUGUAAUAAGUAGGAGCGCCCGCUUAGUGCCGUUUAGUUAAAAUAGAUCGGGAGUCGGGCCGCCGGGCUAGCGCGCAGUUAGUUUCUUGUGCAUCGAGUGUCGUCCUCCAUUUGUGGUCCCGUUUUCCAGGGAUGUGCGGGCGGGUCGCGUGAUGCCGCGGCGCGCCUAUGCCCCGAUGUGUGGUGAAGUGAAGGUGCGAUGAACGUUGCCGCUGGAGCACCAUGCAUUCGGAACGACAUCGGCAGCGUAUCGACCGCCGACGAGUAUUGGAACCAGGCCAUACCCGCCGCUGUGCGUUGUGCGAGGCCGCGGCCAAACGUGCUGAGAUAAACUGCCCCGCAGCGGUAUACGAUCAGUGCUAAUACGAACUUUAAUUAACUAAUUGUUAUGAAUCUAACUGACGGCUGCAACAAUAUUGUGCGCGCACAAAAUGCUCCAACACCCAGCAUUGGUAGCAUCGACCGCUCAGCGCGGCCCCAAGUCCGUUAUCUGAGACAGAUAUUGACAUACUAAUGGCGCUUGGAAGGCUCAUAAUAAUACUGACCGUCGUCGCAGCCGCGGUAGGCGAUCAUCCCCAUGAAGUCGAAGCAGAAAAUAAAGCGAAGAAAGCCUUGGAGGCGGAAAAAGAACAGAGGGCUCGGUCCGCGAGCAAGGGUUCCAUGCACGCGUUGAGCGAGCUCAUGAUGAACAGGACUUCAGAAGACAGGAGGAAACCACGAAGAGGGAAGAACUUCAACAAGCUGCUGGGGACUAUAGGGCCUCGGAGAACAGACGACAUGAUGAACGAUAAUGAAGGGUCGUACGCGAUGAACCAGAAAACUACCCCUGACAACGAUUCCGAUUCUCUGACAAAGAAGAUGAAGGAAUUACGCGGGGGAGCGCCUACGUACGAAGCAGUUAACAAAUAUAGCCCCGUGUCUCAAGCGACGGGGGUGUUCUGCAACUUCGAGGUGUUGACCAACCUCUCUCUCAUAGACUUGUGUAUGUGGCAGUGGAACAGCACCGUGUCCAGCCACGGUUUAGGAUUUAGAGUGGCCACGGCUGAAGAUGUCAGGAUUAUGAACGAGACAACUCGGGGGCUCAAGUUCUCCGGCCCGAAAACGGACGCGGACGGCAACGUCGGAGGCCACUUCUUGUACCUUCCCGUGGACCCGACCAUGGAAAACAUGGUGAUAAAAUCACCACCAUUCCGAGGACUCUGGGAGUUUUGUAAGUUCGAGGCGAAACUACAUCAGAGCAAGAUGCAGAAUGCCAGUAUUCGUCUGGUGUCGGAGUCCACAAUGUCCGAAGUGCAGUGGAUUUUGCAAGAGGUGGCGGGAAACAAUUUUGAAGAAUGGUACCCCAUGCAGUUCAUGAUCGGCAAAGUCCUCCAGGAGGUCCGCAUCAUAGUGGAGAUCACGAGGCCUGCACACGUGAGCCUUGCUCAUAGUCUGCCACACAUCGCUAUUGACAACAUAAGGAUGGUGGAGUGUUUGCCGGAACCGCCGGUGUUCAACGGCGAGUGUUUAGCUGGUCAGCUGAAAUGCAAGAUUAUGAACAAAGACUCUUGCAUCAAGUUGCAGCAGGUGUGUGACCUGGUGAAGGACUGCGAUGAUGGCACAGAUGAAAGUAAAAAUUGUGAUAAAAUGCCUUACGGCUCAUACUGCAAUUUCGAGUUAGACAGCUGCGGUUUCGAAAAUAUACCACAGCCUAUUCUCAAAUGGUCCCGCCACAACGGGCCCACGCCCACCGACAAGACCGGGCCCAACUACGACCACACGUGCGGCCCGCCCGACCCAUACCCCACGCAAAGGGAGGUGUUUCCUCCCCUAAUCCCGGCGCAUAUGAACUUCAGCCUUUCCCAAUGCGUGGGAUACUAUUUCUUCGUCAAUAUGAACGUCACUGGACCCAACAAGGAAAAGGCGGACUUUGCUUCUACGGCCGUUAUGAGAACGUUGGUCUUCAAUCCACCACCCAAAGUCCACGGGAAUAUGAGCUCGAAAUAUUAUAAUUGUUGUAUGAUCCGCUUCUACUACCAACAGAACGGUCGGAACUACGGCUCCCUAAGCGUGGACGUGGUGGAACUUACGUCGCGGGGGAAUCAUACCACUUCUCUCUGGUUUUCCACCAAAGACAAGGGCGAGAAUUGGUACCGGGCUUCUAUAUUUCUGCCUAAUGUCACCAGAAGAUAUUAUCUCCAGUUCAAGACUCGCAUGGGUAUGCGCAUCUAUUCAGAUUCUGCUAUAGAUGACUUCUCUAUGGCCCCGGAAUGCUUCGGGCUGAACGUAGAUCCUGAAGAAUUGGGAGACUAUAAUUAUUACGAUCCAGUCUUCGAAGAGAAGACUACGCCUCAUCCUUCCUUCGCUGAUGAGAUAUAUUACCGUUUCACCACGUGCGGUGCCACGGGCCGCUACGGUCCUAACCAGUCGAUGUGCGACGCGGCGUACAACCAUACGCCGGUCAGUGUGGCCGUGGUACAAUCGCCGCCAUAUCAGGGCAUACAAGUUUGGGAGGUGCCUGCCGAGGGGCUUUAUACUAUAAUAGCGACGGGGGCGUCGGGCGGGCUGGGGUCGGGAUGGGCGGGCGUUUCUCACGGGGCGCAGGCUCGAGGGUUGUUCGAGUUAUACCGCAACUCGUUGCUAACUUCACUGUUUUCGUGUCGCAGUAUAAUAGCGACGGGGGCGUCGGGCGGGCUGGGGCCGGGAUGGGCAGGCGUUUCUCACGGGGCGCAGGCUCGAGGGUUGUUCGAGUUAUACCGCAACUCGUUGCUAACUUCACUGUUCUCGUGUCGCAGUAUAAUAGCGACGGGGGCGUCGGGCGGGCUGGGGUCGGGAUGGGCGGGCGUUUCUCACGGGGCGCAGGCUCGAGGGUUGUUCGAGUUAUACCGCAACUCGUUGCUAACUUCACUGUUCUCGUGUCGCAGUAUAAUAGCGACGGGGGCGUCGGGCGGGCUGGGGUCGGGAUGGGCGGGCGUUUCUCACGGGGCGCAGGCUCGAGGGUUGUUCGAGUUGCAUCGCAGUGAACACCUCUACAUGCUAGUGGGACAGCAGGGACUCAACGCAUGCAAGAAGACCCUAUCAGCCCAAGAGAGCCAAGAGUGCUCGAAGAAGCAGAACGACACUUCAAUAGUGUUCACGAGUAAAACUCACGAAGUCCGCAACACUCACGUGACUGACGGCGGCGGUGGUGGAGGCGGCGGCACUUACGUGUUUCUGCUGGACAAGGAAGGUCAAGCGGUGCCUUUGCUGGUGGCUGGUGGAGGGGGCGGGAUAUCAGUGGGAGUGUUCCGGGACGACGGCUCGCAACAUGCUCGACCUCACACUAACGCCACGCCAGAGUCUGGUUAUAUGUACGGCCAGCCGGGGAAGACUUCUGGUGAGUUGAAGAAAUGUGUUUUUUUGGUUGUGAAAGAAACGGUGUUGAUUUUAAAUACAAUUACUUACAAUAUUAGCAUUUUUUUGGUUAUUAAAGUGUGCAAUUUCGUUAAAGUACCUAUUUUUGUAAUGAUGAAAUUGUAGGGUAAUUGAAGAAAUACUGUUGUGAGCAUGUUUAUUUCUAAAGAAAAGAUUUAAAUAUGGCAAUGUGUUAAAUAAAUAUUUAGAUUUAGAGCAUUAGAUAUUCAAGAAUACAUAAUAUUUUUCAACAGUGGGUCCCGACUGUUAAAGUAGCUUUGUUCCUUAUUAACAGAAUUAUAGACUACUGGGCUUGUUUUUUUCUUUUCAGUUUUUAUUUGAAGUAUAAUUAAGCAGUCGGGUUUUUUGAUUUUUUAAAUUUACCUUUUUUAUUUCACACUUUUUAGUUAGUUAGUAUUUUAAGACGGUAUAUACCGUAGUCUUGUUACUUCAGUAAGGGAAUUAAUAUCGCGGGAAUUAUUAAGUACCUUGCGUCGGUCUAAAAGAUUGAUUUAUUAAGACAUAUAAAGACUUUACCAGCGGGGUCAAGGCUACAGAUGGACCUCAAUUUUCGCAAAAAUGUGUGAAGUUAAAUCAAGUCGUUACAUAAAUAUCUCUAAUGUAUGUAAAUUUUAUAGUAAACUAGCACUUACUCAAAAAGUCAUCUUUUGUUUAUGUUUUUUUAAUAGUUUAACAGUAAAUAUAAAAUUCAUUAACUUUUAUUCGUCGACUAUUUAAAAUUGGCAGUAGCUGCAUUGUCAUGUCAAUGCCGGACGUCUAAGAUUGUGAUAUACACAAAUUCAGUGUCAGUCCCUAAUUCACAGAAACCCAAUAUGUAGAUGCCAGAAGUUAACUUCAAAUGUUUUUAAUCACUCUAUAUACAAUACCAAUCAAUGACGUUUAUGUCGCAGGUUGAAGAAAGCAGUAAUUUCCGUCUGUUGUUUUGGACAAUGGUGGCAACUGCCUUAGAUCACUAAAUUAAAUAAUUAUGCAUUCACCAAAGCAAAGUUUAUAAAAUUUUAUUAAACUAAAGGCGCAUAAUAAAAUUUUCAUAACGUAAGGUAGAGCACCAUAGCAAUCUCAUUUAUUAUCAAUUUAUAGUUCUCUUUGUAGUUUUCUUUUAAAGCGUUCACAUUUAACAUGUCAAAGACUUUGUGUUCGAACCUUUUUUAUUGGUAGUGUAAAGCUCGAAUAGUACUCCCAGUAGUGCAAUCAUGGCAAUAAUUUUCCAAAUUUUUUUUUGUUUAAAAAAUACCGAAUAACGUAUCACUGUUAAGCACAAACUAGCAAACCAGUGAACCAAAUGUUCACCAAAACCUGAUUUCUCGAAAACCGGAAGUGCUACGUUACUCAAAUCCGGUUUGUAGUCUUAUCAGACUAUUCUUAACUUAUAACUUAAAUAUUCUCUUUGUCUAUGUUGUUUCGUAUGUCUCUUACGGUUUGGCCGCUGAAACAGCACCACGGACAGACGGACUUGUCUAAUAAAUAAGAGAUGCUAAGUAACUUUUACAAAUAUAAUCAAAUAAACCCAUUACUUACUUUAUUUUUAAAUCUUUUUCAUCAAUUAAAUACUUAUCUUAUCCUAACUAUCUAUACUAAUAUUAUAAAGAGGCAAGAUUUGUAUGUUUGUAACAAAUAAUCUGUCAAACUACUGAACCUGUUUCAAAUAUUAAUUCAACAUAAGGUAGCUUCAUUAUUUAUUAUAACAUUUUUCUUUAUUUAAAUACAUUUUGUCCGAGUGACAUAGGCUAUAUUUUAUCCCGAUAAAAAAAUUUCGCCCGUGCAAUGCCCGGGUGGAUCACUAGUAAGUAUAAUAUAAUAUUAUAGAUGCGAAAGUGAGUUUGUUUGUUGCGCUUCCGUGCCCUAAUAGCUAAAUCGAAUAUAAUGAAUACCCAUAUAGAAGUAGAUGGGAACUUUGUUCUUAGCUACAAUGUACGUAGGGUAAUGAAAGGGGUGAUUUACCUAUAAAAAUCUACAUUAUUUACUUUGAAUUUUGCAGAAUUAUUACAAAAACCAAUAUUAUCGCGAGCAGAUUAAUAAAUGCACGGAUUCCAAUAAGUAUGUACUUACUAGCGAAAAUGGGUUAUUUGUCAUUAUAUUAAGUAAACCUUUUUUGUAACAUUAAGUAAGAUCGUUAAAAAAAAUGAAAAACAGUAAAAUUCUGAAUUUUUCAUUAAAAUUCAAUAAUCAUAAAUACCUAUUAUAAUAAUAUAUUUUUCAUCGUUUAAUAAGAAGGAACUGUAUCACAGUUUUAUUGUUAGUACUUCGUAUAGGAUCAGAUACUGCGAAUACCCCAUUUUUUUUCUUUUACAUAGUACACCGCGCUAUCACUUUGUCAGCGUUGUAACUUUUUAAAUAUUUGUCGAAAUGACAUAGUGUAAAAAGCAAAGUUUAUCGUCUUUAAAUAUCAAAAGCGACAAAAGUAUUUGUUUUGAUAAAAAAAUGAUUUGUUAAUACAAAAUGUGCAUUUUGGAAAUAGAUAUCAAAUAAUAUUUUAGUUUUGAUUCACUAUUUUAGCGGUAAUGACUUACACAUUAAAAAUAGAUAUAUGGUGUCACGGACUUUUUUUUAGAACUAUUUAAGCUAUACAUUUUCACUCUACAUUACAUUCAUGUAACUUUUAUUGUUUUUGCAAUGCAGGCCAAAAUGGCUCGCAGAUGGGAGAUUUUUUUCCGUCUUAUGUGACACUUAUUGUUAUAUAUUGGCCAAUUCACUCAAUAACUACAUAAAUUAUUAUAUAUAUGUAAUUAUCAUAUAUGAGCUAUGUUACUAUUAAGUUUCAUUAAAAUCCAUUCAGUAUUUUUUAAGGUGAAAGAGCAACAAAGAUCCAUACAAACGUAAGAUUGAAAUUAAAAGCGUAAGUGGUUAAUAUACAACUUUAAAGCGUAGUAGAUCCUAAACAAUCAUAUAAAAUGAAAAAUGGUGAUAGGAACCUAAAUAUGAUUUUUGAUUAUCUAGACAGUGAUACCCCACUCGACAUAUUUUGUCAACUUAUGUUUUUUACUUCGUCACAAUAUGGCGCCUAAUUUUGGCCAUAUUGAAUUUUGAUUACUAUCAUAUCUUUAGUAGCACUCCCAUGAUUGAGACGAAUCGAUUGAUGUAUGAAUCAUCAAAAUCGGUCCAGGCGUUUGGUCUCUAGUGUGCCACAAAGGAACAAACAUACAUAUAUAGACUGUUAAACACAUAACCCUGUCUGCGCGUCGCGCUUCGCGCUCUUGCAUUGCGCAGCCGGGUAAAAAGAAGUUCUUACACGAACAGACAGGCUUUAAAAUUGUGACAGUCAUAUUAACUUUAUAGGAUUUUUAAUUGCUCUAACAGAAGAUUUAUUUUAUUUAUUAAUUACCUGUGCUUUAUGAAAUGAAUAAAUAAUUAUAAUAUAGCAGCUAAGACUAUUUUUUUGUAAUGUUUUUAAAUAGUGUGGAAUCAAAGCGGAAAGUUGAUAGCGCCGAGUCGUUGCUCCCGGCACUGAUCUCGACCGGAGGCAUUCAUUAAGUUUCCGUUUUUUUAGGAGUGCUUAUUUUAAGUUGCUUUACAACUUCUAUGUAGACGUGUUUAAAAUGAAUAAUUAUACUCAUCGAAGAUAUGACGAAAAAAUAACCGAUUAAAAAAAAACGAAAAAAAAAUUUUUAAAAAUCCGAAAGAAAUCAGGCAUACUCUUUACACGUAACCCAACAAUCUCACGAAGUUUCAUUAAAACAUUCAAUUUCACCCUAUAUAUAAUACUUUUAUCAAACUCGUUGAACAAACAAAAUGUGUGAAGUAAAUGAGUGAUUGAUACUCGUCAGAUACUAGUUGUCUAUGCAGUGCAAACAAAAACUUUUUUAAACAAACACAACAAGUAUUUUAGAACUUUGUACAAAACUAGUUUAUUACUUGUUUCUUGGUGUAAACGAGGGGUAAUGGGGAUGAUCUGUGGUUUUAGUUAGAACAUAGGUCCGGCAAUUGAGUAUAAGUAUGCGGUGUUGUGGUCUUUAGGUGCAGGAGGGGGUUGGUAUUUUGGCUUCACAUCAGGACGUCUAUUACCGAGCCAUAAGUUUUGGCAAAGAUAUUAAUAAUGCCAUUGGGUUGUGGUGUUUCGGUUCUGCGGGAGGCGGGGUAGAUCGCUCAGGCCCCGUGACGCCGAGUCACGAGGAAUCGCGGACUUAAAUUAUGGUUAUCCUUGAAAAUCUCAAUUAGGAAGCCUACAGCUUAGAAACUAAUCUUUACUGACGAGUUAGGGUCUCGCAGACAGAGGCGGCCUACGGCUGUGACCAGCUCUUAUUGGGCGGUUGUAUUUGUCCACUCGUUUAUAUUGCAGGCCGCGUUUGUUUAUAAGACACUUAAUGGUCUCUAGGCUCAAUGGGGGUGCUGACCACAUGACAGAAGUGAUUUAGCUUCGUCUGUCAUCUGUAUGAAUAUAUAUAUAUAUAUAUAUAUGUGUACAAUAUAUACAUGUAUGUACAUAUACAUAUUUAAUGAAAUAUAUAUAAAUAAAUAGUAAAUGUACUAGAUAUAAGAGAAAGAGAGAAAGGAAAUGUGCGCGCACUGUUUUCUCUUGCUUAUAUCCCCCACUCAACUCUCGUUCGCCUCGCUCGCAAACAGUUUUCCCUGGUGGUUGAUUUUCUAACCCCCCAAGCCAAGCGUGCCUAAAGAAGUUCCACUUCAAAAAUAGGUGUCCGAAUUGAGUUAUGAGAAUCUCCCCGUAAAAAAGGAUAGACGGAUCCUAAUGGGGCUGUGGCUUUAAAUGUGGUGUUCUGCGGUUAUAAGCUAAAUAAUAGGCCUAAGGAUUGCGUAAUCAUGCGGUGCAAGGGGGUUUACGAUAUUAAUAAUAUCGUUGAAUUGUAAUAAUAUCGUUGGGUGCAGGCGUGGGUUGUUGGGUAGGUAGCGUGGGCCCGGUAACGCCGGGUCACGAUGUCACGAAGAAGCGCGAGGAGCAUGAUGCUUAAACUUUAGCAAUUUCGAUUUUUAACAAAAUUUCACUAUUACAGGCUUAAGUGAGGAUGUUCUGUGUCUUUAAGUUAGAUAGUAGGCUUAUAAAUUGAGUAAUGACAUGGGGAUUUGAUGUCUAGGUGUGAGAUGUCGCUUGGGCCUAUAUAACGUCGGGGCACGAAGAGGCGCAGGCUCUUAUUCUUUGCUAAGAAACUGAUCAAUGAAACGCGGUUUUUGGACGAUUUCAAUUCCAAUUGAGUGUUUUGAGUUUUAUUGAAGAUGCUUAUAAGAGAAUGAGGUGGGAUUAUGUUUUUUAGGUGCAUGAGGGGUUUGGGUAGGUCGCUCAGGCCCGAUAACGCUGGGGCACGAAGUAGCGAGCGGGGCGCGCCUUAAAUUUAGGCGAUUUCCAUUUCUGUCAAAAAUUACUAAAUCGAAAUUUAGUGGGAUUGUUCGCAGGGGGCUUGGGCAUCGAGCAGUAAUAUGAAAUCAUAAUCUCUAGGUGAAAUUGAUCGUUACUGAUUCGCUUUUGGCUUUAAUGGGGAAAUCUGUGGUUUUAGUUAGAAAAUAAGUCUGGGAAUUGAGUAAUCGUGCGGUGUUGUCGUCUCUAGUGUUUGGGGUUGUGUUCUAGUUUGUUUAACUUGGUCGGUUUGGCAACAUCAAUAUAUUACGUCUUCGUGUAUGGCCAGUACAAAUGAUAGAUAAAUAGUAUCUAGUUUAAUAUAGAACAAGGAGGAGAAGAGAGUGGAGAGACGAGCUGGAUGGAGCAAGUGGUUAGCGCGUUCGGCUGCGUACGUUGAAGUUAAGCAACUUUCGCAGUGGUCGGCCAUUGGAUGGGUGACCAGAAAUUUACUAUCUCGAGCUCCUUCGUGCUUCGGAAGGCACGUUAAGCCGUUGGUCCUGGCUGCAUCUCCAGUCGCUAGCAACCACCAAUCUGCACUGGGUCCGCGUGGGGAGUCAUGGCCCAAUCUCCCUAUUCCAUUCCUAGGGAAGGCCUGUACCUCAGCAGGGGGGACAUUAAUAGGCUGAUGAGGAUGACUAGUAGGGUGGGUACCGUGUCGUUGAUUCCGGAGCAACCAGUAACAAAUCUGAGGCCUGUAGAUUAAGUAAUAAUUUGUGGUUGUCGGUAGGUGCUGGAGGGGGCUGGGUGGGCCGGUCGGGCCCGGUGACGCCGGGGCACGAGGCGGCGCGGGGCGCGGCGGUGCGCGAGGGGGGCGCGGGGGGCGCCGCGUGCGCCGGCGCCGCGCACGGGGGGUUCGGCGGCGGGGGGGGCGGCUGUCUGCGCGGCGGCGGCGGAGGGGGGUGGCUGGG